ACAAAACAGACCGGGGUUACAAAAGCAUGGCCUCUGCUGAGGCGGCGGCGUUGUCAUCGUCGUCGUCUUUGGAAGCAGACUCAGCCCCAGUCCCUGAAACUGCAGGAACCGCUGCGGCCGCGGCCAGGAUGGGACCCGGAGCCAGGGUCUCCAAGGCCGCUUUGGCUACGAAGCUGCUGUCCCUGAGCGGCGUGUUCGCCGUGCACAAGCCCAAAGGGCCCACCUCAGCCGAGCUGCUGAAUCGGCUGAAGGAGAAGCUGCUGGCAGAAGCGGGAAUGCCUUCUCCAGAAUGGGCCAAGAGGAAAAAGCAGACUUUGAAAAUUGGGCAUGGCGGGACGCUAGACAGUGCAGCCCGAGGAGUUCUGGUGAUUGGAAUUGGAAGGGGAACAAAAAUGUUGACCAGCAUGUUGUCAGGCUCCAAGAGGUAUAUUGCCAUUGGAGAGCUGGGGAAAGCUACCGACACGCUGGAUUCUACAGGGAAAGUGACAGAAGAAAAGCCUUACGAUCAAAUAACACAAGAAGAUAUUGAAGGCAUUUUACAGAAAUUUACUGGGAAUAUAAUGCAGGUACCUCCCCUCUAUUCUGCAUUAAAGAAAGAUGGACAGAGACUUUCCACUUUGAUGAAGCGAGGGGAAGUAGUAGAAGCAAAACCUGCCAGGCCAGUUACUGUAUACAGUAUCUCCCUUCAAAAAUUCCAGCCACCAUUUUUCACAUUAGAUGUUGAGUGUGGCGGCGGUUUUUAUAUCAGAAGCUUGGUCAGUGACAUUGGCAAAGAGCUCUCUUCCUGCGCCAACGUGCUGGAGCUGACCCGGACCAAACAGGGGCCCUUCACGCUGGAAGAGCACGCCCUUCCCGAAGACAGAUGGACCAUUGAUGACAUCGCACAGUCUCUGGAGCAUUGCUCAUCUCUUCUCCCAGCAGACCUGGCGCUUAAAAAACCAAAGCCCGAGGAGUCUCAGGAACACGGGUUGAGCUGUGAAUAUAUAACUCUGAAUGAGACGAAGGGAGAAGACGGAGAAAUUAAGACGUGUUAAAAUUGGCGUGGGUCAUCAUUUCCUGGUUGACAUUUGAAUCCCCUGUACACAAUGACAAG